AUGCAACAUGCAGGCGGAAAGCUCAUCGAACAAACUUAUACUCGUCCGGUCGACUAUAUUCACUUACUUCCUACAGAAUUGUGGCGAGAGAUAUUCCUGUUGACAAUUACUCCACCCAAUUCAACGCUAUCGCUCUCGCCUACAUCCUUCUUCAGUGACGAUUUAUUACCAAAAAACUGGAGAUCUCUCAAAAGCCGUCAGCAUGCGCAUGCUCAACUGCGAGGAAUUUGCAAAAUGCUCGAGACUAUCGUCCUCGAACUGCUCCUAGAAGAUGUCAUCUUCUACUCAUCUUGGGUUAAUCGAUUCUAUUCCGCGCUAGAGAGCAUGGCAUCCUGGACCCGGAAUCCCGGAGUUCUUACUCGGAGAGCCACUAUCCUGUUUCCUGACGCUCUCUACGGCGAUGUCGCAAAGAAUUUUGCUCAGUUGGCGAGGCUCAGUGAAUACUGUUCCAAAUUGAGGACUAUAGCUAUGUUUAUAAACUGGCAUGGACCUGGGGGAUCGUCUCAAAUCAACCUAGAAUGGAUAUCAAACGUCACACAGGCAAUCUUACAGACCCCAAUCUUUUCCACUGAUUGUCUGGUCUCACUCGCUGAUAAGAAUCCAGGAUUAGAGACAUUGGCGCUCAUCGCUGAACGACCGAAAAACGUUCGAGUCACCCUUCAGACUGACGUCGUAUUCCCUCAACUUGGGCGAUUCUUCAUAUCCUGUGACGACGUCUUUUGCCAUCUCUCGACUCCAAAGCUCGAGUGGUUAGGAUUUUGCCUCCGCCAACCAUCAAACCCAGGACUUGCUAGCUUCCUGAGGGACAACUGCACCGGUCUCACCUACCUUCAUCUCGAUAUGCUCGAUUUAUUGGAUGAAGAUCUCCCUCGGAUACUCUAUCUCGUCUACCUAUGCCCCUCUCUCGAGACGCUGUCUUUAGAAGGCUAUCCGGUCUAUAACUAUGGCGUUGAUCCGCUCGAGCCUCAUCCUUCCUUGCAGCAUCUUGUGCUGAGAUGCGAGGGCGCGUAUGAGCCAGUGGACUGGUUGGAGAUGUUUGGGCUGAUCCAUGACGGGUGGCGACCGCUGCUGUCCUUUACAACGAUUACAUUUCGACUCUUUCACCGGAAUCGACAAGGUUUCACCACGUUUGAGAAAGACAAGGCCACUGUCCAGGAGGCAAUUGACGAACGCUGCGGGAAACUGGACGCAGAGUUAGCAUUCGAAGAGGUUCUCUAA